UUCUGCUUGCGGAACAUAGGUCGUCAGGAGAGGCGACAUUUUGUUAGCUUCUUAGCAAAAUAAACCAUCGGAGAUAGUCUUUGGGCAACUUGGUUGUCAUUAUAGUUGCUCUCUGUCGCAUGACAGUUACCAGCUGCAAUCAUGUGGUAUGAAAUCCUGCCCAGCUUCGGCAUCAUGACCGUGUGUAUGAUCAUUCCUGGCGUCGCCACAGCCUGGAUCCACAAGGGCACCAACGGAGGGAAGGAAAAGAGGAUUGUCCGGCAGCCGUGGCAGUGGUACCUGUUGGAGAGAGACAGGCGAGUGUCGGGAACAGGACGACACUAUGAUUCCAAGGGACUUGAGAACAUCAACUGAUGACGAGGAAUGUGGAGACCCUGAUGAGAAGAAAGUUGUACAAUAAAAGAUUAUAUUUAACAUCCAGCUGUUUGUUUUUUCAGUCUUUUAAGACACUUGUCUCUUGUCCAUUAAAAUGUUCCACUGUGGAAAUAUUCUGAGACUUCUUGGCUCAUAUGUUUAAUUUCAAAAGCAGCUGACAAGAGAUUGAUGCUCUGAUCAAAUAAAUAUUUUGCAACUGUU